AGGCUGUAGCUGAGAGACAUGAAGUAAGACCAUCGGUUCGGGUACCCGACCAGAUAAAAAGUAAAAUUAAAACUUCCCCUUAAAAUUUGUCCCCUUAAAAUUUGCAUUUGGUUCCAGAAAAAAAAAUCUCUCUCUAAAAGCAUUUUCUUGUCUGUUGUCUCCACAGUCCACUUUAUACGAUACUCCUUCAUAGAACCUCAAAUUUGUAGGGUUUCUUCUUCUUCUUCAAAAAUGGAUAAUCUCCUAGAAAAAUUUCUAGGGUUAUCCUCUUUAGAUAAUUAUAAUACAUCAGUUUCUGCUUCAAUUGAGCUUUCUCUUGAACGCUUACUUGAAUCUAGGGUAUCUGAACUUUAUCAAGAUCAAUUAAUCGAAAAUACACUUAAAAUGGGUUCUAUUCUUCUGGAAGUUGGGAAACGAGCUCAACGUAAUAGAUUCAGUAAACAUAAUUCUGUUUGCUGGGCUCUUUCUCAUGAUCUCACCAUUAAAGUUUUUGCUAUGCUUGAUACACAAAGCCUUUGUUCUGCAGCAGCUACUUGUUGGAUGUUUAAUAAGUGUGCUAUGAACCCAUUGUGUUAUGCUGAUAUUGAUUUAACUACAGUAGUACCAAGGGUUAAUAACGCUGUUGUUGCCACAAUGAUUCAUCGAGCAGGGAAGAGGCUCCGGUCACUUAAACUUGGUGUAUUGUCAUCUCCUACAACAUUCUCAGGGAAUUCUGGUCCAAUGGUCUAUGGUAUUGAUAGUUCUGUUGAUGCUGGUUUUUCCCGGAACAAUAAGAGAUCUUGUCAGGGAAAAGACUCAUAUGUACUAUCUAGGUCCUGCUUAACAUUUUUAAGCUUGGAUGGUGGGGCUUCCGGGGCUUUAUUGAAGAAGUUGCACCUCUACAAUGUUGAUAAAAUGGACAAUACCGCACUUCGCGUGGCUUUAUCAGUUUGCCAAGCACUUACAGAUUUCAAAAUUGUUGGCCUUGUUACUGAACUUAAGCAAACAUUGGAAUCUGUGAGCACAACUUGUCCUAACUUAGAGUGUCUACUCAUAGAAUCUUAUAAAACAGGCAGAGAUGACAGUUUGAAGUCAACAACCUGUGUCGGUUUCGUAAACAGCUGUCCUCGUUUGACCUCCUUGGCCCUCAGAGGAUUCAUCCUGCAAGAUUACAAAAUCCGUAUACUCAUGAAGGGGUUCCGGAAGCUGAAGUUCGUUGAUCUUUCAACAUCUUAUUCAAUCACUGGAACCUUUUUGAGGAACCUUGGCACUGGCACUAGUGGACAUCAACUGGAAGUUUUGAUCUUACGUGAGUGCAUGCAUCUUAAAGAAGUGGAAGUGGGUCGACUUUUAACGGCAGUACUUUCAGGAGGCUUUAAAUUCCUUAAGCAUCUUGACAUAUCCAACAAGGAAGGGUUAGCAUCAGACCAUGAUUGGUAUGACAGGUGUUAUAGCCCAAGUAUUCCUGUUAAGCGGGUCAUGGAAGAAAGGCCUGGACUCUGUUUAGUAGCUGUUUUUCCCCCAGAAGGAAGCUUCAUGGAUACUGAACAAAUAAGCGAAAGUGAGGUGAACAGUGAUGCCAACUUGGAUUUGGAGAGAACUGGUGCCACAUCGGACAGUUCAUUGUCUAUGUUUUCAUCCGAGAGUAGUUACAACAGCGAUCAGGGCAAUGACCUAUAUGCAAGCUCAGAUGAGGUUGACUUUCUCGGUGCUUAGUUGAAGUGCCAUGGACUGUAGUUACACCCUGCUGGCCCCAAUGGGUCUAUUUAAAUUUCCUCUUUUUUCCUAUUAGAUGUAUGUUAAUUUUUUCUUUUUUCUUUUUCUUUUUUUUUUUUGAUGGAAAGAGAUAAUAUAUUAACUAUCAAAUAUAGUACAUGAGAUUUACAAUAUCAUUUUUAUCGAAAACAUUAGAAUCUAUGCUAGUUGAUUGAACUUUUAGCUGCA